GUCGGAAUCGGGCGAUUAUUAGUAAGGCUAGCAGAGUGACAGGAAGUAUACGGUGGUUACAUAAAACGGGAAGAAAAUUUGUGCUUCUGCUGUGUUUUUUAUAUGUAGUAUUGGUCGAGAAUCGUACUGAUUUCUAGAGGACGCAUUCUGAGAGUUGUUUCAAAUUUUCACAAAAAAUAUAUACCUAAAAAUGUAAUGUGUGAAAUAAUGAAAAAAGUUACUUCAAUCAGAAACACACAAUUCUUUUUGGAUGGAUGUAUACUUUGUUUGUGGUAAUGGAAAGAUUAAUUACAAGAAAGCUUUAUUGUACCCAUGAACAUGCAUUGCCCUUUUCGAAGGCUACUCAGAGAUAGAAUAUUGUAAAAUUACGGAUAUCAAUAUUUGGCGAGAAGGAUUUAAUGAUGGAAAGAAACAUAAUUAACGUUCACACAAGAAAGAAAAAGUAGAAUUAGAGAAUAAUCUUCGCGGUUGUGUGUUCGUGGUGAAAGUUAUCCUGUUAUAAAUCGAUGGUGGAACGGUGGUGGGAGCAAGGAAGCUCUAUUUAGUGAAAAUUUAGGCGAACGGUCCAGUCAAUGUUUGAAAACGAAUACAUAUCAUAUUGAAUGCCUCAUUUUAGUGAAAUUUAGUAGCAUCACAGAGAAAAUUUUAUAACCGUAAGAGAAAGUAUAUAUAUACAUAUGUAGUCCUAGAAAUGGUUAAUUGAAGUGCUGACAAGUUGCUGAUUAAAAUAGUUCACUAUACAUAUCAAAUACAGUGAUUUAAUAGAGAGAAAGUUGCGCGAUCGUGUGCUUGUAAGAAUUCUAGUUUAAAGAGUGGGCUUAAAUUUCGAAUCAUAUUAAAAGUGAUAGUGCCAUUAAAAAGCUACGUCCGCUGAAUAAAGCAAAAAAGAUAUAUUUUUGAUUACUGCGUAUUGAAAUAAAAAAUUGAGUUAAGAGUCUGUGAAAUAAUUUUACAAAGAGGAAUAUAAAGUAAUAACAGUAAAAAUCAAUCAUCGAAUUGCAUCCCACCACCUCCGGUGCAGUUUCGAGCUGCAGUUCGUUUCCGAUGCAUCCGCAUAUCAAAUGGAUUCAGUGGAAACGGAAAUACUAGGAGAUUGUUUCGGUUGCUCAUACCGAUGCCAACAAAAAGACGUGGUGACCAAUUGAGAGAUUGUUCCGUUUCGUUGCCGCUGGACAUUCUAUGGUUACCGAAGGCGGCUAUGAGGCCCAUUGGGCCACCCGACACCUCCCACUCAGAAUGCGUCCUCGUCGUAGGCGUUUCCCGUCCUAAACUAGCGGCUUUAUUCUUAUCGGUUAUGUUGUUAUCGCUAUUUCUUACGUUUCACAUCCUGUACGAUAGCGCAGUCUACAGCAUUCAGGCUGCAACCGCAAUAUCCGAAAACAAGAUUGCCCUACUAACAAAUCACAUUCCGAAUCCACCGGCGAUUAAUCAUCCGGUGGUGUUUCCCAACAGGAUCCAUUUCCCAAAGACCAGCAGAAGACUUCCGCAAUGUUUGAUAAUUGGAGUGAGAAAAUGUGGUACCCGAGCACUGCUGGAGAUGCUUUAUUUGCACCCACGAAUACAGAAGGCAGCUGGCGAAAUCCAUUUUUUCGACCGCGACGAAAACUAUCUCAAAGGAUUGGAAUGGUACCGGAAAAAGAUGCCACAUUCGUUCCGCGGCCAGAUAACCAUCGAGAAGAGCCCUAGCUACUUUGUGACGCCCGAGGUCCCAGAGAGAGUACGUGCGAUGAACGCUACCAUAAAGUUACUAUUGAUAGUUCGAGAACCAGUGACAAGAGCAAUAUCCGAUUACACGCAGCUUCGAAGUCACGCCGCGACGGCUACGUUGCCUCAACAACAAACUUUAUCUUCCACUUCUCCACUGUCCAGGUCAUUCGAGGAUCUGGCGAUACUACCGAAUGGUACCGUUAACGAAGCCUAUCGCCCAUUGGCGAUAUCACAGUAUCACGUCCAUGUGCACAGGUGGUUAGAAGUAUUCCCGCGGGAACAAUUGCUCGUUGUCAACGGGGAUCAGCUGAUAGAGGAUCCAGUAUUUCAGCUUCGACGCAUCGAAGACUUUUUAGGAAUCGAGCCUCGUAUCGGAAGCAAUAACUUCUACUUCAAUGAAACCAAAGGUUUCUAUUGUCUGCGUAAUGAAACUGGGGAUAAGUGUUUGCGAGAAACGAAAGGUCGGAAGCAUCCUCGGGUCGAUCCUGUAGUGGUGUCGAAAUUGCGUAAGUUUUUUGUCGAACACAAUCAAAAAUUUUACGAGCUGGUUGGUGAAGACCUAGGCUGGCCGGAAGAAUGAGAAGCUAGUCGCUGUAAAGUUUACUACACGGGUCACUUUCGUCUGUCAUACAUUCAGAUAUCGCACAAAAGAGAUGGCAACACAUAAUACUGUAAAUAUCAUCUAGGACGCUAAUAGUGAGUUGGUACGAGGGGGUAGAAUUAGUGUGAAAAGGAAAUGAUCCGAAACUAGGAACCACGACAAGAAAAUAUCCUGAAAGGACGAAAAUAAAAAUAACUAAUGGAAGCGGGACUACAAAACGGUGAAACAACGGAAUAACUGGUUAUAGUAGUAGACGUUUUAAAAACGGUUAGAUAGGAAUUAAUUAAAACAAAAUUAAUAUUUUUGAUCUGCUGUUAGCAAAAGCAACAACAUUCGUGGAUAGAGUUGGCGAGAAAGUGGCAAGCUUGAACAAUAAUAAUGUCCGAUUUCGCAUGGGGCUCCAUUAUCUGCAGGUCAUUUAGUGCGGCGGUUUGCUGCUUCUCAAAUCCUCUUGAACAGAGUAUUCAUGGCGGAUCUCAUCUUCGGAUGGUGGCAAAAACGGGUAAUGAAAACGAGAUUCACUAGCUAUUCAAAGAUAGCUGGAAAUCGUUAAAAUGAGAAUGUGCUUUAACAAAAGUUCGUUAUUAUAAGGUGUCUUACCGCAAUAGAAACGGGAAACAACGAUUUUUUUUUCAUUUCUAUGAGAUGCCACUGUUUAUGAGUAACUGAUACUUAUAAUGUUGUAACUGUUUGCUACGAAAAAAUAAUUGCGUAAAAAGUAACGUUGGGAAGACUUUUUCUAGAUUUCAUUUCAUCCAAUAAUCAUAGUUGAUAGAAUUAGAAAAGAGUGAUUGAAAAAAAAAUCCGUAUAUUUGGGAUAGUUGUUUGGAUUUACUUGUUAACAGCAUAAUUCGUUCAAAAACAUUGAAAAGACAUUGAUCAACUACUAACACAGAAUUACUCUGCUGCCAUUUUAAUAUUGUAUGCUCUUUGUUCGUCUUUUACUCUUCUUAUUAUUUAUACCAGCUAUGGUAAAGUUUCAUCAUUCCAACUAAUUGCGUAACUUUUUUUUUAAGCUUGUCAUAACUUAUUUAGUUCGUGCCAGCUAAAUCCCCCCUUUUACGAAUUCCUUGGCUAAUAAGAGGCGGAGACAAAUUGUUUGUUUAGUAAUGUAACUGUGUAUGAAUCAAGAUUUGCCUUUCUAAUAUAGGAAUGUUUUACAAUCAUUGUGAAAAUCGAGUGUCAUAUCACUGUUCGAAUCAGUUUGUCGAGAUCGCAAAAUGUUUGUCUAUAGUUGUCAAAAUUACCAAUACGGAACAUUUCGAUAUCUUGGAUACGGCUUAGCCGAUUUUCACAAAUUAAGAUUAAAAUGAUUCAAAAUUGUUACAAACCUUAGGUUUUUAUCCAGAUCAAACUUCCGGUUUUGAAAUUCUAGAGUAAUGAGUGCUUAAACUAUCAAAUCGUUGCUUAGAACUACAAUGCAAAAAAUAACAUGAAUAAUCUUCUAAAUUGCACUCAAAACUAAUUCAAUUUAUGAAUCAUGUUAGUUUCUGGUUAUUUGAACCGACUUUUGGCUAUCCUAUUCUUAGUAUGCUAAGAAAGGUCUUCAAAUGAAAGGUCUUAUAAUCUCAUACAAAACUUCUGAAUUUUGUUCCGAUCUGACUUUCGGUUGCGGAAUUACACGACGAUGAGUGUUUGAAAUUGAAUGAAAAAAAAACUAAUCCAAUUUGUUGCUCAUGUUAAUUGAUGGCCAUACGAAUCCAUUUCGACUAUACCGGUUUCUAGAUUCAGGUUCCGGAAUUACAUGAAAAUGUUGUUUUCUCAGAGAUGGUCUAACCGAUCUGAGAACUGUUUUUUCGCUUACAUUAGGUACGCCAAACAAACUUUUUUUACAUCUGCCUGGCGGUUUGAACUGCGGAUGACAUUACAGUUCUACACAGGCCCUUGCACAGGAAUCAUUCAUUGACAUUUGACAUUGUAAAUGUGGAACACAUUUUUGUUUUCUAUAUACGGGUGCAAACUAGAAACUCAAAAAAUAUACACGUAGAAAUGUGGUCAGGUUUUGAACAAUUACAGCUCAGUCAAUUUGGUAUAAAUUAUUAAUAUCAUAUCACCAUUUGAUUGGAAAUAUUUCUACGUAUUGAUUUGAAUGUUCAUAGCCAUGUAUUUUUAAUUGUAUAUCAUUGAAAUGUUGAUUAAUAGCUAGCAGUGUCCUAUUUUGUCUGCAAAAAAUCUCCGGCAUACCGGAUUUCUCUGCCAUAGUCGACGGUUUUGAAGGAGUAAGCGAUUUAUCAACGGGAAAGCAGCGCUCUGAUUGGUUAAUCGAUGCAAAAGCGAAGCUGUUUGAAGCACGCGAAGCUAUAAAUAUAAGCAAAAUUAUAGCUAACGUUUCAGUGCUACACGUAACUUGCUAGAGGUAGGUUGUUGCUAGGCAGAAAAAUAAAAAGUGCCAUAAAACGAUUUGAAGCUUUAAUUGCUAUGCUCUGAUCUUGUGUCAUGAAAGAUUGGAUGAAAUCCCAUGUUAUGUCGUUUCGCCUGAGAAAUUGACAACUACCUCAGGGUAAAUUUUGAGUGCAUAAGAUUAAUUUUUUAUUUAUAUGAGAUGAACUCGAUUGAUAAUGAGAAAAAGUUAAUCGCUUCAACCGAAAUCGCAGAAUGGUAGUAAUGGUAGAGAAACGCUAUAAAAAUAACUACUUGCACACAAAACUUGAACACAAGCUUGGCGAAAAGAAGCUUAAAUAUCGAUACCUGUAUCGCAAGCAUGUACAAACAUAUGAUUGCCUACAUUUGGGCUAUUGAUGUAAUUUCGUCGGCUAAAAAACAAAUACAAAUCAUGACAAAUAUAGUCUAUAUUCUGGGUUCGCGUGUUCGGUGUUGAUUCAUAAUAAAGGCUAAGGGGAUGUCCAUAAAAGACUUCACACUUUUUUAACGAUUUUUUAUUCCCCCUCCCCCCUAAAAUUCAUCUCAAUACAUUCUCAAUAUGUAUGACAAACCAUACAAAUAUGAGGGAAAAAUCGAUAUAGAUAUAUUAUUGUUUUAGGUAAAGAAUAAUAAUUCCUUAGUGUAGCAUACAGGGCUGAGAAAAUAAAGACCAAAACCUCAUCAAAACGAGAUCACUGCCGGAGAAUCUUUUCAUUAUCAGUUGAUCAGUGAAAUUUAAAUCACAUCGAUCAAUAUGGUACUGAUCUUCCGUCACACAAUGGGUAGUAAUUUUGAGCUAAAAAAAUUCUUGAUUUAUGUAAGUUCAAUCAUUGGAUGAUUCGAUAAGCUUUGAUGUUGGUGGAGGAAAAUCACAUAUGAUCAAGAUAAGACAUGACAUGAUCUACGUCUGAAAUCGUUGAUCUCCCGCCCUUUUUCAAAUGGAGCAUCAGAAUCAGAUAAGAGAAAUUCUUAUGAUAUACUAUUAUCAAUGCUAGAAAAUCAAACUACUGAAAAAAUUGUCAGUGCAUAACUUAAGUUAAACCGUUUGAAGUCAUUUUUUCUUUCAUAUAUGGCAAAAUUUAUUAAUUUCGCUAAUUUACUCGCUCCUCCGUGCAAAAGGUCACGUUUUAUGAAACACCCCCCCUCCCCCUUGCGGCGUGACGUCUUUUAUGGACAGCCCCUAAGCAGACUCUCGUGCAUUUGCGGAUUCAAAAGUGUGACGAUUAAUUGAAAAUGUCGAUCAUUAGAAAUUUUUGUUGCCUUGUUCCACAUUAAUGGCUCGAACAACCCCAUGGGGCUGAUCCUUGUAGUUUUUUCUAACUUUUUUUACCCACUUUAAAUAAAUUUGACGAAAAAAUCGUGCUUAAUCCACCUAGCAGUGAGAUGAUACCUUUUUUUAUCAAUCCGCAUAUGUGGUUUGCAUGAAUAUUCUUCGGUGUUUCAAUUUCAUGACAUUAUUCUAAUGUCCGUCGUUUUAAGUGACAAUUUCAGAUUUUUAUCACUCAUUACUCUGUAAUGUUGAAACUGCAAAUCGGAUCGAAUUUGAAUCUAAAAGUGUAACAAUCGAUUAAACAUUCCAUGAUAUGUCGAAGUAAUUUCCACUUUAGAGUUUAGGGUAACUUAAGGUACUUCCAGAGCCGGUAUUCAGGAACCAACAUAACCCAAACCGAUUCGUAUGGCCAUAUGAUGAAUAAAUUGCAAUAUUUCUGAGUCCAAGCUUUUCGGAAUUGACAUCUUCUAUAUCGCUUUGAAUUCUAUCAAUUCAUCAUCCUGCAAUUCUAGAAUCGGAAGUCAGAAUUGGGUAAAAUUAGAUUUAUCUUAAUUUGAACUUUUGUUUCGAUUUGGCUUUUUUUUAGAAAACGAUUGAGCUUUGAUAAACGAUUCGAUACUGUAACCGGAAUUCGAAAUUCGGUGUAGCCGAAGUCAGACAAAUUCACCUGAGUAGUUUACAUUUGUUUCAAAAUGUUUAAAAAUCAGUGUAGACAUCUUUGAGAAAUCGUAGUGCGAGUUAAAUUUUUGGGUGCCUUCCGAAUACUAAUUUAAUUUUUAUACUAAUCACACUGUAUCCCCUAAACCGUAAGUUGGAUCUGACUAAAAGCGUGAUGUUUUAUAGGAUCUUAACAUCUUUCAUUUUAAUCUUGUAUGGUUACUAGAUUUCAUUUGAAUCUUAGAUCGGUUUAGCCAUCUACGAGAAAAAUGAGUAACACUAUUUCCGUGCUAAAAUGGAACCGUGCUAAAAUCGGUCCGAGGUAAAAUAUCAUGCUGUACACAGUCUUUUGGGUACUUAGAAACAAUUUUUACAUAACACUUCUUAUAACUUAAAAAGUAAACAUCCGAUCUUAAAACCAUUCAACAGUGUACAGGGUGACGGGAAGACCUUUAAUUUGGGACUAGCUUGAUCAAAAUCGGUCCAGCCAUCUCUGAGAUCUCGACCUUUUAGUUGACAACAUACAGACACACACACACACACACACACACACACACACACACACACACACGGCCAUUUGCUCAGUUCGUCGAGCUGAAUCGAUUGGUAUAUGACAUUCGGUCAUCCGGGCCUCGGAAAAAUUUUCUAAAGUUUGAGCUAAUUCUAUACCAACUUUUUUUUUAUUUAUAAAAUAAGGUAAAACAAAAUUUUGUAAAAUCACUUCGUUCGAAAAACUUUCAUUACAUAGAGGACUCAAAAACGAACGAAAAUACAUAACAUUGUAUGUUCUAGGGUCAACUGUACAAUAGCAAGCCAUUCACCUCUGCGAAAAUAGCAUGUCCCACUUUGAACAAUCAUAUCUCAGGAAUGACUGGAUAUGUUUACAUUAAAUUAACACUGUAGAAGUCUCUAAUGACGAUCAAUAACUGAAUAAUUUUUAUUUUUCAUAACUCAAGGAUUUAGAUUCAACUUGAAGGAAAAUAUUCUCUAUAGCUAGUUUUGAACCUAGUUUCAACAUUGUUGAACUGAAAUUCGAAUCAGUUUUCGAACCUGGUUUUUAUAUCAGGUUUGCUCAUACCCCCGUUGCUAAGUGCGAAACCAACACAGUUUCGUGAAAAGUUUUUGUUUUAUAAAACUACCCUGGGUCAGUUUAAGUUUUCUCAAGCAAAAAUGACAGUAGUAUGCGUUCAAAACAGCUUUCAAAGUAGUACAAUUCAGCCCACCGGUAGUUCUACGUUGCAUAUUGCUUAUAGAUUAGGGAAAACGUCCAAAUCAGACUGAAAUAACACGAAUCCUGUUCCAAAUACCAAUUAUAUGUACUCCAGAAAAAUGUUAUGGUUAUGUAUUGCUUAAUGCCAAUUUUUUUGAUCAUGUUUUGCCUAAUGAACCUACAUGGUUCUACAACAGUACACCGUUUUGUAGGUGUGAAGAAAUUAGUGCCUCACAAAACGGACAUCCAAAAGGACACUUAAAACUCAAAAACGUAUUCUAUUGUGCAGUCAUGGCGAUGUUUCAGUAGUCUUCAGUCUUAUGCAAUGCGAUGAACUUGGUUCAGCAACUGUUCGGGACAGUGGGUUAGUUCAUCCGGGGGGAGAGUGGUGUAAUACGUGACUUUAUCGCCCUGCAAAUGUUAUCAUUUCUCCGCAGCACAUCAGAAAUGCAUUCUUACCAGGCAUGUUAGUUGAAAUUUCGUGUGCAUUUGCGAGUGAAGAGCCCCGCAUUAAAGAUGUUGUCUUUCGAACGAACGAAUAGUUCCAGUGUGAAGUACCUCCUUUUAUUUUCGUUCAACUCCGUUAGCCCUUGUUUGAUUCAAACGUGUGCAUGUGCGCUAGAAAUAAUUAAAAUUGUCGAGUAUGCUUGAAUUAGUAGGUAGGCGACAAAAUAAGGGAACUGGACUAUUGGAUCCGAGUAGGUUGUCCGUUCAAUGGAUAGGAAAACAUUAUUGGUCAGCCUUAUUGAAUUGAAAAACCAUUACAACCAGGGACAGCAUGGUAGUGUGUUGUACGUGCCGUGCCAUCCCUGGUUGAGCUGGCCUUGUGUAUCACCUCAAAUAUACCCCAACUCCGGCAGCUUUCCGAAUCGGUACGUGUUGUCCGGGAAGGAUAACUGUUGACUGGCUUCGUGACUGCAAGCUCUCCCCAUUCCAUCACUAUAUUCCCUUCGGCCUUGCUACGAGCGCCUAUGCAGGAAUGCUUUCAAGGAACGAAUUUAUGUAACAUUGCUCCAAAUAGAAGGGCAAAGCGUCAAGACAGAUGAAUUUCAUUACCGAGUGAAUAACAAGUUCGCGUGUUGUGGUUGAGAACGUGUCCGAUAAGAUUGAAGAAAUAUGCAUUACGAUUUGAGUGUGGAUACCAUAAUUUAUCCAGGAACAGAUGCAUUGAUUCUGCCCUGAGGUUUCGAUUUGGUUUUUUUGUGGGAAGCAAAUAGUGAAUAAUGGAUUCAUAAUCAAUAAGAUCGUAGCAUGUACUAGUUGUGUACAACAAAAAUCAAACAGCCUUUGCUCAACUUUUACCCUAAUCAACCAUCGUAUAACAUAUGGGCUUUUUUCAGCAUUACUUCGAAAAAAAAUUCUCUCAUUCUUGAUUUUCAGACUAUAAUCGAAUCCAAUCAAUUAAAAGAUGUAGUUUUCAUUUCAAUUCGAUACCUAGAAAUAUGGUAAUGCUGCUCAAUUUGCUGGCAUCAAUGAAAACGUUACAUUUUAUCCAUUAUUUUCAUGGGUACCAAGAGCGGGUUUCGGAAUUAAUAAAAGAUUAAACACCCUUAUUCUUUUACUCUGGUGGAGCACAGCUACACUUGAUUAGUGAUUGGUAAUACCAAAAAACACUCAUGACGAAAAUAUGCAUCAAUUUAAAGUCCGGAAAAGAACAAUCAAAUCAAUUUGAAUGGAAAAAAUGUACGGGUUCCACAGGGUUUCAUUGCUCUAGCUGUUCUAAUUUCUUCUAUCGUAACUACCACAACCCUGAGCAUGUUGGAAUCGUUCAGAUAGUGAUGGGUGAUUCUACCAUGGCAGCUUUACAGGAACUUCUGAAACAACAGGAAAUCAUUACCACAUCACGUGAUAACUUGCAUAGCACAUCAAGUCGUUGACUUGUUUAAGUUGAAUCGGCAAGCGAAUGAAAGUGGAAAAACGAGCAAUGUAAGGCUCUGAAUUAGUCCCAACAUUGCUGGGGUUAGAAUCGUUUCCGGUAGGAAAUUUCAGGUCCGAAAGCGUUCCAAUGGCAUAAUGGUUCCAAAGAGUGGCAAGAUAAGAGAAAACUGCCGACAGUUGCACAAUGCAAAAAUCGUUAAAAGUUGGAGUUAUUUUAUAUACAGAGUAACGGUUAAGUUAAAAUAAAAAAAAUGAACACAUUCUUUAUUCCACUCAUUUCCGUUUACUGCAUUUAAUUACAACUACUACACAUAAUUUCUACAAUAAAAUACUUCUGUACAGGUAUUAUGAAAAACUGUCAUCAAUGUCAAACUUGGUUUUAAAUUCCCUGAACGGUUGGUUAAAGCAAAUUAUUCGUAAUGGAGGUAUCGAUGUUUAAAAGAGAAAAAAACUACAUUCCUUGCAAGCUUCUCGACGUUGCGUUGACCAGAAUCACCAUGGAAAUGAUGUAACAGAGGCAUUCUCCUAUGAAAAAAAAUUACGGGGUCUUAUACAAGACACGACCGAGUACAGUGACAUUAAAAGUGAAACAAUUCGGACUAUUCUUCAAAUGGGAAUAGAAAUUUAUGGUGAUCAUAAUUGCUAUCCAAAAAGUUGUAUACUUUAAAGUUUUUGAUGACUAUGUUCUAAAAAUAAGUCUUCAUAUAUGAUUUUAAUGUCACUUAACCCUCAGCUUACAAUAAAGUAAGACUAAUACCAGGACUUUUUUUCGUGUCGUGCCAUUCCAGAAUAAAGGAAAAAAAGAGGGGGAAGGUAUACUUAGUUGUAAAAAAAACAAUAUUUCGGGGCCCAUUACCUCCAAUCGGUAUCGCCAUUAGCCGCUUGGUUUUCAUUCGAUACGUAUCCAAAGGUGUACGUGGGGUUACCGUUACCCCAUUGUACAAUGCGUAAUAAAAUCCCGCAUUUGGAAAUAAACAUAUUUUUAUAGAAAAAAAAUCAUAAAAGCUUCAUGAAAAUAGCGUGUUUCACAAUUUUGAAAUCUCAAAAUCAGUUUUGACACCCGUGCGCGCAGACGACUUUUAUAACUUGCUUGCCUUACCAUAAACCUACAUAUACCUUAUGAUCAAAAAAGAACCGGAAUUGUAUUAAAAAACGUGAUUAAUCCACCUAUCAGUGAGAUGAUACCUUUUUUUAUCAAUCCGCAUGUGUUUUUUCCAUGAAUAUUCUUCGGUUUUCAUGACAUUAUUUUAAUGACCGUCGUUUUAAACUGCAAUUUGACAUUUUAAUCACUCAUUACUCUAUCUAAAAAGGUUACAAUCGAUUAAACUUUUCAUGAUAUGUCGAAGUGACUUCCACUUUAGAAUUUACGGUAAUUCAAGGUACUUCCAGAGCCGGUAUUCAGGAACCAGCAUAAACCAAACCGAUUCGUAUGGCCAUAUAACGAAUAAAUUGCAAUAGUUUUGAGUCCAACUUUCAAGCUUUUCGGGAUUAUCAUCUUCUAUAUCGGUUUCAAUUUUAAAAAUUCAUCCUCCUGUAAUUCCAGAAUCGGAAGUCAGCAUUGAAUAAAAUUAAUUAAUUUUGUGUGGGACUAUAAGUUUAUUUUAAUUUGAAUUUUUUUCUGAAAUUAGAUUUGGCUUUAUUUGAGAAAACGAUUGAGCUUUGAGAAACGAUUCGAUACUGGAGCCGGAAUUCGAAAAUCGGUGUAGCCGAAGUCAGACAAAUUCACCUGAUUAGUUUACAUUUGUUUCAAUAUGUUUAAAAAUCAGUAUAGACAUCUUUGAGAAAUGGUAGUACGAGUUAAGUUGUUGGGUGCCUUCCGAAUCGAAAACUGAAUACCACUAAAACUGAAAUAAGUUUAUUUGGUUGUCGACUAUUCAAAUCAGCAAAUCUUAGAUGAUUCUUAGAUAUCAUUUGAAUCUUAGAUCGGUUCAGCCAUCUACGAGGAAAAUAAGUUACACAAUUUUAAUUUCGUUUCACAUAUCAUCCUGUAGUUCCGGAACCAGAAGUCGGAUCCAAACAUAAUUCAGGAACCUUGUUUAGGAGCAUACGAAUUUUCAUAUGAAUCUGAGUUUGUAGAAAACGGUUGAGUCAUCUUCGAAAAUAAGGUAAAAAAUUGAGUGAAAUUAUUUGUCACAUACGCAUUUGCUGAUCUCGACGAACUGAUUCAAAUGGUAUAUGGGUGUUUUGUUCUUCCAGCAUUUAUUGCUGUAAGCAGUUUAAAUCAAUAUAAUUAUGAAAUUGUUCAGAAUUCGGAAGUACUGCCAUCUUUCCAAUAUGUCAUAUUCGAACGAUUAUGUUGCCAAAAACGAACCGUGCUAAAAUUGAUCCGAGGCAAAAUGUCAUGAGAAAUAAUACUGUUCACAGUCUUUUUGGUACUUAGAAACUAUUGUAUGUAACAGUAUAAAAAAUCGUGUUUUACGUUGCUUCCAAGCCUUUCUUUGCCAUACAGCGCUCAGAACUUCUACUGCUGGAAUAUGGGGGAAAAGUCGCUUACACAAAAGUUUCGAUAUCUCCGUUAAAAAUGGACGGAUUUUAACAAUCUAUGGCUUGUUGGAUAGCUAUUUCCGUGGGGAAUUCAAGUCUGAAAACAUAUUCUGUUUUCAAGGUCAAUUGUGACAGAUACUGCCAAAAAACUGAAAAUUUUGACAUAAAACUUCGUAUAACUCAAAAAGUAAACAUCCGAUCUCAAAACCAUUCAAUAGCGUUCUGGGUGACGGGGAGACCUUUCAUUUGCGACUAGUUUGAUCAAAAUCGGUCCAGCCAUCUCUGAGAUCUCGACCUCUUAGUUGACAACACACAUACAGACACACACACAUACACACACACACACACAGACAUUUGCUCAGUUCGUCGAGCUGAAUCGAUUGGUAUAUGACAUUCGGCCCUCCGGGCCUCGGAAAAUUUUUCGAAAGUUUGAGCGAAUUCUAUACCUAUUUUUUUUAUAUACAGGGUGAUUUUUUAAGAGCUUGAGAACUUUUUUAAACAAUAAAACGCAUAAAAUUUGCAAAAUCUCAUCGGUUCUUUAUUUUAAACGUUAGAUUGGUACAUGACAUUUACUUUUUGAAGAUAAUUUCAUUUAAAUGUUGACCGCGGCUGCGUCUUAGGUGGUCCAUUCGGAAAGUCCAAUUUUGGGCAACUUUUUCGAGCAUUUCGGCCGGAAUAGCCCGAAUUUCUUCGGAAAUGUUGUCUUCCAAAGCUGGAAUAGUUACUGGCUUAUUUCUGUAGACUUUAGACUUGACGUAGCCCCACAAAAAAUAGUCUAAAGGCGUCAAAUCGCAUGAUCUUGGUGGCCAACUUACCGGUCCAUUUCUUGAGAUGAAUUGUUCUCCGAAGUUUUCCCUCAAAAUGGCCAUAGAAUCGCGAGCUGUGUGGCAUGUAGCGCCAUCUUGUUGAAACCACAUGUCAACCAAGUUCAGUUCUUCCAUUUUUGGCAACAAAAAGUUUGUUAGCAUCGAACGAUAGCGUUCGCCAUUCACUGUAACGUUGCGUCCAACAGCAUCUUUGAAAAAAUACGGUCCAAUGAUUCCACCAGCGUACAAACCACACCAAACAGUGCAUUUUUCGGGAUGCAUGGGCAGUUCUUGAACGGCUUCUGGUUGCUCUUCACUCCAAAUGCGGCAAUUUUGCUUAUUUACGUAGCCAUUCAACCAGAAAUGAGCCUCAUCGCUGAACAAAAUUUGUCGAUAAAAAAGCGGAUUUUCCGAAUGGACCACCUAAGACGCA